AUGGUAGAGUUGAGAAAGCGCAAAUGGGUGGUUCUUGGUAUAUUAGGCUUCGACAGGCCUGUGAGACCGCCACCAACCACUUCAACAUUGACCUCCUUGCUUUAUGCCAUGGAAGAGUUGGGAAAGCGUAAAUGGCUGAUUCUUGGAUUAAGAACUUCAUCAGCCGACAUCGUUGCUGCUUCCCGUUGGACAUCCACUGAAACAAUGAAGGUCCUUGUACUGUGCGUUAUUGUUGCUGCGGUUUUGGCGGUUACCCAAGGCAAAAGCUCCUGCGCUUGUCCCAGAAACUAUGACCCCGUAUGUGGGAGGGACGGAGUGACCUAUCCCAACGAUUGUGAACGAAAUUGCGCAAACACGCCAAAAAAGUCUGACGGCGAGUGUCCGACAUGUGCCUGCAUACUGCUCCAUGCCCCCGUAUGCGGCAAGGACGGGAUCACCUAUGGCAACGAGUGCAUGAUGGACUGCGCGGGAGUGGAGAAAGCCAGUGAUGGAGAUUGCGAUGCAUAGUUAGUGCUACUGAACGCUGGUAUAUGAACGCAUAGAACUGAAAUAUAUUAAUAAAGUUUGCACUUAA